AUGAACCGUCAAUACAUCGGUAUGGGUGGCCAGGGUCCCGUCCCCCGCCGCGCGAAGAAGGGCUCCAUGAACCCAUUUACCAUUGCCACCAACGCUCUCUUCUACUCUGAGAAUGCCGAGAUCACCCGCAGCAUCACCAUCUUUGGUCUUGCUGUUGCUUUUUUGAGCACUGGCUUUGGUGAGGCCUUCCUUGUUCCCGCUUAA